AUGACUACAGAUAGUCAAAAUUAUGUGUUACCUGCAUCGUCUUGCAAAACAGAGGUUACAGAGAUAGACAAAACCAGUGACAGAAGAGAAUGUGAUGGUGCUGGCGGCUUUCAGACUAUUCCUCCUCUCCUCUCCUCUGCUGGCAGUGAUGAGACCAUAGAGACAAGCAGACUGUUGGCAUUGGCAGCGAUAUCCAGACAUGAAGAGGAACUUGUCAGUGCUGCAAGCGUUCCUUCUGAUGGCAGUCAAGAGAACCAACCAGAAAUCCAUAAGGAGAUGGAGACAAUUGCUGAAAUGGAAGAUCUUGGUUCUUCAAAGAAUGGAGACAAUGAAGCUAUUAACAGUAAAACACAGAGAAGCAACUUUGAAGAUGAAACUCUGAGUUCACAUUUGGAACAUGGCUUGAAAGAAGAAGUGAAAUUUACCUAUAAUUGUUCUGCUCCGUUUCUUAAUGGACGUUCUCCUACUUCAGAAGAAUUGCUAGAAGACGUAGGGAAACUGGAGAUGAUCGCUUCCACUUCUGCUGAAUCAAAUACUACUGGACAGCAUAUUUAUAAGAUAUUAACACCAUUUCCUAAAAAAAGAUGUCAGCAGCAAAAUGUGGUUUCUCCUCAUGUAAGCCCAAAAGAACUGCAAAGCCAGCAAGAGGGUUUAGCAUGGCUAAGUAAUAGUAGCAUUCGCAAGCACCACCGGGUUAAAGAGACACAGCAGAUUACAUGCAGGCAAAGAAACAUGCCAAAGGCAGCAACUGGAAUUCAUAAGCAGAAGAAAGAGAACUCAAAGACCUGUAAAGAAUUACACAUGUGA